UGCAAACAAACAACAUCUCCUUCUCUCUCAUUCCAUUAUAAACUCUGAAUCAAAGAAACUCUCUCACAUUCUAUUGAUGGUGUGUUGUCACACCGCAUCCAUCUAUCCAUCAAUCUGUUGUCUCUCCAAUAAUCCAUCCAGACAUCUCGUGAGAUCUAUCCUAUCCAGCUGCCACGCCAUCCCACAUCCGCCAUGGCGCGAGGGGCUGGCUGAAGACCGGCGAUGAGAUGAGGGGCAGAAGGAAUCCACCACCUGCAUGUCUAGCAUUUAAGCUGCAGGUGAUUCGCAGCUUGAUCCGCUGGGCUGCAUGAUAUUAGUUUUCAGCUGGGACUCGCCAAGAUGCCUAGCAAAGGCGUCCAAUGUUAUUCCUAUGUCUGCGCCCCAGGCUGUCAAAUCGAAUUCUCAGUCCCGGGAACAAAUAUCGUGCGUAAUGCACAACGUCAAUAUACCAGCGACCACCUCGAAGUAGACAAGAAGAACAUCCCAGGAGCAUUCAACUUCUCCGGAACAUUCUCAUUCCGCGUCACCCAAAAUGGCAAUGAAAUCGCCAACGAGAAAAUCAGCAUCAACGUCCUAACCGGCAACCUCGAAGGCGGCACCCUCAAAACAAUGGCCAACCAAGCCUCCAUCGUCCGCAACGACGUGAUCGUCUCCUACGGCUACUACGACGCCGGACCAGGAGUCGCCGGCCUCCCCAACAGAGACCAAUGCUACGUGACCGUCUCUUCCAACUACUCCUCCUGGAUGAGCCAACUCGCCCCCCAAGGCUCCCCCCAGUCCAGCAAACCCUUCAGCAAACUCUUCCUCCCCGCCGCCCACGACAUCGGCAUGAACAGCAUGCAAUCCUCCGACGCCGUCAUGGGCAGCGACGCGCUCGUCAACGUCCUCACAACCAUCGACCCCGUCUUCGCCAAAAUCGCAAACAUGAUGGCCCACCCGGCCGUGAUGGCCAUCGCGCCCAACAUCGUCCGCGGCCUCGCCAUCACGCAAAAGGACUCCCUCGACGCCAUCCUCUCCAUCGGCGCCCGCUAUUUCGAGUUCAGACCCGCCUACCUGCACAACGUACUCCGCGGGAAGACAGCCAUCCCGGACGUCCUCUAUUUCAGCCACUCCGCCAUCCCGGGCAUGCCAUUCGCGGAGUUCCUAGCGGAUGUGGUUAAAUUCCUGAUUGGCCACCCAGAUGAAAUCGUAGUCACGCAACUACGAUGGGAUGGCGUCCCAGCCGAAUGCGCACACCCCUCCAACGAGGAUAUCUCCCACUAUGUAUCCACCGCCCUCGCACCCACAAAUGGAGGUAUCGUCCAGGGAAGCCUAGACGACAUGCUCCGCCUCACCAUCUCCGAUCUCCGCGCCCAGAAGAAACGCCUGAUCCUCUUCACGCCCUCGGAUUCCUUCUCUACCUACACGGACGCCGCGAAUGCAACUCUAACAGGCGAUCCUAUAAUCGCGGAAUUCAACGCCAUCACGCCUGAGAAACAGCAAGGGAAGCCAUUCACAAAUCUACAGUGUCAAGCCACCGCGACGAAUGUCCCCGAGGCGGUGGCGUAUUCGGUAUUAGCGGCUAAUGCGAGUAGUAGCUGUCUUUUGGCGACGAAACCCAUUUGCGAUGCGAAGACUUUGCCGUGGAUUCAGGGGAAUGGUGGGAGGUUGGUGGAUGGGCAGUUGGUUGUUGUGAUGAAUGAUUUUCUGGAGGGGGCGACGGCGGAUGUUUGUGUGGAGUGGAGUAGGAGGAGGUUGGGUUAGAAUUUUCACAGUCACACUUUUGUCACAAUUACACUAUAGCGCAAUCACUCCAACCCAUCAAAACCAUCAAGAAAACCCAAACUUCUUACUCUCUUGUCUUAUUCAUCUAUCCAUAACGGAACGUAACUCCUUCCCUCCUCCCUUCCCUCCCUCCUCAACCCCCUCAACCCCCUCCUUCCCCCC